AUGAUUACAGGCAUUAGUGGUGUAGGAGUUACAGAAUGUUUUCUUAACCUUUUGGAAAGAAGGGGAAAGAACUCCCUUUGGGGGUAUUAUUGGGGUUCAAACCCUAUUAGAGAGGGUGAUCUGCAAAGUGAUAUUGAUGAAUGCAAGAUUGGCCAUAAUGGAUGCGGGCCCGACAGCAAGUGUGUGAACGCUCCUGGUCUUGGUGCGGGUCUUGGACUGUUACUUUUGCUUAUCGGUGCAUGGUUCGGAUAUAGAUUCCUAAAGAAACGCCGUACCAUGAAACGCAGGGAGAUGUUCUUCAAGCGAAAUGGUGGAUUAUUAUUAGAGAAACAAUUGUCGUCAGGUGAAGUUAAUGUUGAGAAAAUCAAGCUAUUCAAAUCAAAGGAGUUGGAGAAGUCCACUGACAAUUUCAAUAUUGAUAGAAUUCUUGGCCAGGGAGGCCAAGGUACUGUUUACAAAGGCAUGUUGACUGAUGGAAGAAUUGUUGCUGUGAAAAAAUCUAAAAGCCAACUUUCAGAUUUCAUCAAUGAGGUUGUCAUUCUUUCACAAAUCAACCACAGAAAUGUGGUUCAACUAUUGGGUUGCUGUUUAGAGACGGAGGUUCCCAUUUUGGUUUAUGAAUUUAUACCUAAUGGAAACCUUUCCCAGUAUAUCCAUGAGCAGAAUGACGAGUUUCCACUUACGUGGGAAGUUCGCUUACGAAUUGCUAUGGAAAUUGCAGGGGCUCUUUCCUAUUUACAUGUUUCAGCUGCCUUGCCCAUUUAUCACAGAGACUAUUUAUACCAUAUUUGA